GGUGGUGAGCCAGAAAAUGAUCACGUACUAGGCGAUCGACGCAAAUUAUUGCGAUUCACGACAUGCCUCAGAUUGCGUAAUGGAGCAGCAGCUAUAUCGAGGCUUGCGCUUGCCAUGGCUUUCAGGAUGCCCAAUGAGGCAUGCGACGCGUUUGCGGCAUGCGAAGAUACCAGAACCUAGCUAUGUGUUGUAAAUGUUCAGGGAGAGAAUGUGUUGACACUGCAGUAGUUGGCCUUGCAGUGGAGAAAUGUGUUGACACUGCAGUAGUUGCAAUGGCAGCGGCUCCGAUUUCUUGUGAUGGUAUGACGUAGCCGCUGGCGCAUGUUAUAUACGAUGUCAACAUCCUCAUGCAUCGGCGACGGUUUGCUAGCAAAUCGGUCCAGCCCCCGAUACCAUCAUGAAGUUUGGAGUAGAACUGCCUCGGAAGCAGGGGGAGCGUGAUGAACUUCCACAUGUGCUGUUUCUCACUAUAAAGAAACAAGAGACGACGAUUGGAAGAACAAGCAAAAGCCGAUUGUUUUUCGUGUCACAUAUUUGCUCUACAGCUGGAAGUCAUCAAAUUCUCGUCACGUCCUGAGUUCUCUCAUUGUACUUCCAGGCUUGUAGGUGCACAAUUGACCAUGUACCCCAGAAAGGAUUCUUGGAAGUCUGGGGAUCUGCCAGUUUGUCCUUCUGUGCAGCUGGGAAGCAUCGCUGGAGAGAGCCUUCGGAACAGGAGCAUUUCUAGCAAAGUCAAUUCUAAGGAGGCUCCUCAGACGGUGUUGAUUAUCGGCGCUGGUCCCGCUGGCCUUGCCACGGCUGCCUGCUUACGGUCCAAGUACUGGAUCCCCUCUAUCAUUCUGGAGCGGGCGAAUUGCAGCGCGCCGCUUUGGAGAUACAUGACAUACGACAGGCUGAGAAUGCAUCUUCCGAAACAGUUCUGCCAGCUUCCGCUACGCCCAUUCCCAGCAGUAUAUCCGAAAUACCCGACGAAGAACCAGUUCAUCGCUUAUCUCGAGGACUAUCAGCGGCACUUUGGAAUCAGUCCAGUGUACAAUGCAACGGUGACAUCCGCGGAAUUCUCUACAGCUUUGGGAUUAUGGGUGGUCAUAGCGGAGCAGAAGUUGGAAGACAACUGCGAAACUGUGACGUAUACGACUCGAUCGCUGGUUGUGGCGACUGGCGAAAACGCGGAACCUUACAUGCCUGAUCUGUUCGGAUCGCACAAGUUCCAUGGCGUAAUCAGCCAUGGAUCGACCUAUCGCAAUGGUGUUAAGUACAAAGACAUGAAGGUCCUGGUAGUUGGAGCAGGAAAUACAGGGAUGGAGAUUUCGCUCGAUUUGGCGAAGUUCGGAGCCAAGCCGACUCUCGUAGCUCGCAGUAAGUUUCAUGUGAUGCCUCGAGACCUGUUUGGGCUUAACAUUUCGGCCUUUCAAGUAAUGUUGAUGCUUUUGAAAGUGUUGCCGGUCUCGUUUGUGGACAAACUCCUCGUCAUCUUCUCCAGGCUUACGCUUGGUGACACCGACCAUUUGAACCUUGUUAGGCCCAAAGAAGGCCCACUGAAAAUGAAGGCCAGAACAGGACACACACCGGUCCUGGACGUGGGCACAGUGGCCGAAGUAAGGAACGGCUUCAUCAAGGUUGCUCCAGCAAUUGAUCAGCUGACGAAAAGUGGAGCUAGGUUCGUCAAUGGCGUCGAAGAGGAGUUCGACGCCGUGAUCAUGGCUACGGGCUACACAAGUAACGUCUACGAGUGGCUCAAGAUUGACGGCAUGUCUGGAAUAAACGGGUUUCCAAAGAGACCAUUUCGCAACGGAUGGAAGGGCGGGCGAGGCUUGUAUGCGGUCGGUUUCGGUAGGAAAGGUCUGAUGGGAUGCGCUCAUGACGCAGAACUCGUAGCGGACGACAUUGGGGCUCACCACAGAGAUAAUGAAAAGACCUAUUGAAAGAUUUUUACGAGUCUUUUUUGUUGGAAAAAAAAAAGAAAAAAAAGAAAAAAAGAAAAACUGUGAAAAAGGAGUGACUCGUAGAAAGCAAAUGAGUGUUAGCAAAGAUAUAAGAAAAUUGACUGUUUCCGCUUGCAAAGUUUAAUAAAGUUUGUGUAUGUUUGCUUAUUGGGGCGAAGACGACCAA